AUGUCUGACGCUGCUGUCAAGCCCAACGCCUGGACCGAUGAAGCCAAGGGAAGUCCUGAUCAUAACGAGCUUCUUCUGCGUAUCAUCGCCCAGUUGAAGCCUGAGGGCAAGUCCAUCAACUGGUCGGAGAUUAACAUGGAGGGACGCACCGUGAAGAGUCUCCAGAACCAAUGGACCUUUUUCAACAAGAAGAUUGAGGCCUUCAAAAGUCAAUCCAAUGACGGCAGUGCCCCGUCAACCCCUGUCAAGAAGGCGACUCCUGGUCGGAAGCGAGUCACCAAAGCCAAGAAGGGCGGAUCGGACGAGGAGGACGCGUACGAGACACCCAAGGUGACUCCCCGUAAGCGUCGCGCUCCCAAGACCCCCGACAGCGAGUCCAAGGCUGUCAAGAAGGAGCUCAGCGACGCCACCGUCAAGAAUGAAGAUAUGGAUGAGGACGACAAUGUCACUGGAGAGAUCUAG